UAAAGGUGUGCUCUACUUUGAUUGUUUAGAACUUUGACUCUUCACAAACUGCACCCUAAAAAAAAUAACAAAAUGAAUUGAAAAUGAUGCCAUGUUAAACCUACGUGAUCAAAGGGCCCCCCAAUGCAUGUGGUUGUGGAUUUAGAUGGUUGCUCGGCUUUGGGAGAUUCUAGAGAGUUGUUCGGUGAUACAAACACGUCGAUGUAUUUAAGAGAGUUGUUCAGUAAUACAAACACCAAACAGCAAGGAACUACAACUCUUAUCAGAAUUACACCGCUUAACAAAAAAGCUAGUUGUCCAAUAAUACGAGCCCUCAUUUCAUUUGAAAUAAAGCUAGUUGUCCAAUAAUACGAGCACUUCCUUACAUUUGAAAUUAGAAUAGAUAUGUUGCCCGGUGUUGUGAUUGCCAGAUAGAAAUUGAAAUUAGAAUCGAUAUGUUGCCCGGUGUUGCGAUUGUCGGAUAGAAAGGCAACUAAGGAAAAAAAAAUUAAGCCGUCUGGGUGGUACUCAUAAUUUACAGCAACAGCCACAAGUUUCUUGACAUAAUUUGCUCAUAUUAUUAAAAGUUUAACCCAUUAUUCCCUGCAUACUUAUAAAUCAUAUAGAAUAAGGCUUACAACAUAAAAAAUUUAUCUACGAUAAGUUUAUUACUACUGCAUGAGAUAAAGAAUAGGGGUUUUACUAGCUCCAAAACUUCCAAUGAGGCUUUUAUGGUUGCGGUGAAUCACCAUGCCUCGUGCUCUCUCUCUCUACUCACCUCCCAAGCACCACCGCCACCACGACCAUCACAUGGCGCCCCCACCGCCGCGAGAGCCAUGGAUCUCUUUGGUGCAUGCAGCACCACCCACCAUGCACGCCAGCUCCACGCUUUCCUUCUUGUCUCCGGCCGCUCCCGCAGCCCCAUCGUCGCCACCAAACUCAUCAGCCUCUACGCCUUCCUCGGAAACCUCCCCCUCUCUCUCCUCUCCUUCCGCUCCCUCCCAGACAAGAACGUCUUCACCUACAACUCCGCCAUCUCUGCUUGUGUCCGCCUCAAUUCCCCCCUCGAUGCCCUCCGCAUAUUCUCCCGCCUCGCUCCGCCAUCACCCGACCGCUUCACUUUCCCCGCGGUCCUCAAGGCCUGUGCUGCAUUGCUCGACCUCCGUCAUGGCAGUGCCUUGCACUCCUGGGCUUUCAAGGCGGGCUGCAAGGUAGAUGUAUUCGUGGCCUCCUCGCUUGUGCACAUGUAUGCAAAGUGCAGGGCACUCGAUGAUGCACGCCAAGCGUUUGAUGAGAUGCCUGUGAGGGAUAUUGGUGCUUGGAAUGCGAUGAUUUCUGCGUAUUGCCAGAAUGGGCAGGCAGCAGAGGCAGUUGGACUGUUUGAGGAGAUGAGGGCAGCAGCAUUGUCCAAUGGGCUGCACUUGGAUUCAGUUACGGUUGCCUCUGUGCUCCCUGCAUUCCCCCCGAUAGGUGAUGUUAUGAGGGGCAGAUUGGUGCAUGGGUGCAGCGAGAAGUGCGGCCUGGUGGGAGACAUAUACGUCUCUAACGCUCUGAUUGACAUGUAUGCGAAAUGUGGGUUUCUUGCUGAUGCCCAACAAGUAUUUGAUGAGAUGGAACAGAGAGAUGUGGUUUCUUGGAAUGCUUUGAUAUCGGCCUAUGAGCAAGAGGGUGACCCGCUUUCCACCCUUGAUUUGUAUGCUGAGAUGAAAUGUGAUGGAUUCUCGCCUGACGAACUGACCAUCGUAAGUCUGGCUUCAGCAUGCGUGCUGAUUGGGGAUUGCUUAAGGGGUCGGUCGGUUCAUGGUUACAUCAUGAGGCAUAGGUUUGGGCGAGAGGACGUGUUUGUUGGCAAUGCGAUUGUGGAUAUGUAUGCGAAGGCUGGAAGGACUGAAGACGCGAGAAAAGCUUUCGAGGAGAUGCCUCGUAGAGACGUAGUAUCGUGGAAUACAAUGAUCACCGGAUAUGCGCAGAAUGGGCUGGCCGAGGAGUCUAUCGAAUUGUACAAUCGAAUGUUACAAUGCAGUGGCUUUCCACCAGACCAGGGUACACUGGUGAGUGUUCUUCCUGCGUGCUCCCAUGUUGGGGCAUUCCAACAAGGGCUACGAAUCCAUGGACUCGCAGUUAGAAUGGGCUUGGAGUCUGACCUUUUUGUGGGCACCUGCCUCAUUGAUAUGUAUGCGAAAUGUGGGAGAUUGAAUGAGGCGUCAUGUCUAUUUGAGCAUGUUCCAAAGAAGAGCUCGGUCCCAUGGAACGCCAUCAUCUCUGGACAUGGGGUUCAUGGACAUGGCCACAAAACCCUCAAACUGUUUGAAGAGAUGCAAAAAGAAGGCGUGAAACCAGACCAUGUCACAUUUGUCUCCUUGCUCUCAGCUUGUAGCCAUGCCGGCCUGGUCGAUCAAGGCCAACGUUGCUUUGAUAAGUUGCUACAUGACCAUAAUGUUGCCCCCACAUGCAAACACUAUGCAUGUAUGGUGGAUCUUCUAGGCCGGGCAGGGCGGCUCGAGGCCGCCCAUGACCUCAUAAAUAGCAUGCCGAUGAGGCCCGAUGCCAGUGUCUGGGGUGCUCUCCUUGGGGCUUGUAGAAUUCAUGGGGACCUCAAAUUGGCAGGGCAUGUUUCAAAAAAACUGUUUGAACUAGACCCGCAAAAUGUCGGCUACUAUGUUUUAAUGUCAAAUAUCUAUGCCACUGCCUCUAAAUGGGAGGGGGUGGCGAAGGUGAGGUCUCUAGCAAUGGAGCAAGGACUGAAGAAAACCCCCGGUUGGAGCUCAAUCGAGGUGAGUAGCCAUGUCCAUGUUUUCUUCACUGGAAGUAGAUCUCACCCUCGAUUCGAAGAGAUAUAUGACAAGCUCGAAUCAUUGCUGGGACGGAUCAAGAGCAUCGGUUAUGUCCCGGAUUUCAGCUAUGUAUUGCAGGAUGUCGAGGAAGAUGAGAAGGAGAACAUUCUCAAUAGCCACAAUGAAAGGUUGGCAAUCGCAUUCGGGAUCAUCAGCACAGCCCAUGGAAUGCAGAUUCAAAUUUUUAAGAACUUGCGUGUGUGUGGAGAUUGCCACAAUGCCACCAAGUUCAUUUCGAAGGUGGAAGAGAGGGAGAUCGUCGUGAGGGAUGCAAAUCGCUUCCAUCGUUUCAGAGAUGGGAUCUGCUCUUGUGGGGAUUACUGGUGAUUCUGAAAAUUUUUGGCAGAAUACCCUCUUCUCAUUAAGUCACCAAACGUUUCAUCAGCUGGUGAUCAUGAAACAAUUCAAACAUUUAUUUGGGAAAAGAAAAUAAAGGGAC